CUGACCAUCCUUGCUUAACUGACAAUGGUGGUUGUGAUCAUGUGUGUCUGAUUGGAGAAGGACAUUCUAAAGUAUGUAGAUGUGCCGCUGGAUUCACUCUGCAGAGGGAUGGCAAGACAUGCUCAGCACAAACUUCGAGUCAUUUCCUGUUUUAUGGUAAAGGUCAGCCAGGCACCAUAAAAGGGAUUUCCUUCACUCCAGAUGAUAAUUCAGAAUUGAUGAUCCCAGUUGAAAAUCUCGGAAAUCCUCGUGGAAUUGACUUUUAUGCUGAGGAGCAAUAUAUAUAUUAUUCAGAUAGUACAAGGUUUACGAUUGGUCGACAAAAAAAAGAUUCUCUAGAGAGAGACGUUAUUAUUGAGACAGCAAUUAAUAACUGUGAGGGUAUUGCAGUCGACUGGAUGGGUAAGAAUAUUUAUUGGACAGACGAUGGAUUAAAGAGUAUAAGUGUUGCUAAAUUAGAUGGCUCUAAUAGAAAGACCCUCAUCACUGGAGAUAUUGGACACCCCCGUGCCAUUGUGGUUGAUCCCGCUGAUGGCUAUUUAUACUGGGCCAAUUGGGCAGAAAAUGUGGAUGACGAGUAUCCCGCAAAGAUUGAGCGUGCUCAAAUGGAUGGUGGUGAUCGGCUCACAUUUGUAAGCUCUGCCACAAAUAUAUUGUGGCCGAAUGGUCUUUCAAUUGAUAAGCGGGGCAUGAGAUUGUACUGGUGUGAUGCUUUCUUUGAUUCCAUAGAAUCCAUUGGAUUGAACCGUACCGACAGAAGAACGAUUGUUACAAAGCAGAGUAUUGGUGGAGUAGGAGUAUUAGACCAUCCAUUUGGUCUGGUUUUUUCAGAUGGUAAUCUUUACUGGACUGAGUACAGGGUAGGAAAAAUUUACCGUUAUAACUUGAGAAAUCGGGAUUUGACGCUAAUGAGGACUGAUAAUGCUCCUCUGUUUGAGAUCCGAGUGUAUGACCAAGCACUCCAGGAAGGAACCAAUGAAUGCUCUGCAAACAACGGUGGAUGUGAAGCGUUAUGUUUAGCUGUACCGCUAGGUAAAACUUGUGGAUGUCCAGAUGGUCAAGUAUUAACUCAAGAUCAGAGAACAUGCUCAGAUGAUCCGGAUGACGCAGGAAGUCCAACAUGUGACGCUAAUGAGUUUGAAUGCAACAAUGGACGCUGUAUAUUGAUGGAUUGGAAGUGUGAUGGUGACAAUGACUGCACUGAUAAUUCAGAUGAGGAACCAGAAAUGUGUGAUGAUCCGGAUGAUGCAGGAAGUCCAACAUGUGAUGCUAAUGAGUUUGAAUGCAACAAUGGACGCUGUAUAUUGAUGGAUUGGAAGUGUGAUGGUGACAAUGACUGCACUGAUAAUUCAGAUGAGGAACCAGAAAUGUGCUCUGCUGUAACUUGCCGAGUGGAUCAAUUCAAAUGUGCAACUGGUAACAAAUGUAUCCCUCAACGAUGGCUUUGUGACGGGGACAGUGAUUGCACAGAUGACUCGGAUGAGGAGUCAUGUGAUGCAAGGACUUGUCUAGACACUCAGUUCCAGUGUGCCACUGGGCAGUGCAUACCAUUAAAUUGGAAAUGUGAUCGUGAUGAUGAUUGCGGUGAUUAUUCAGAUGAACCAGACAAUUGCAGUUAUCCAACUUGUGAAUUGAAUCAGUUUGCUUGUUCCAAUGGAAGAUGUAUUCCUGAAAAUUGGAAAUGUGAUUCCGAUAAUGAUUGUGCAGAUAAUUCUGAUGAGCUACGCUGUCCCACACAUACGUGUAAUGAAGAUACAGAGUUUCGUUGUCGUAGUAAUCCACGUUGCAUUAACAAAAAUUGGGUAUGUGAUGGAGAUCCUGAUUGUGAAGAUGGUUCUGAUGAGGAAAACUGUCCAACUCGUCCUUCUUCUGGUUGUCAUGCAUCUGAAUUUCAAUGUCGAAAUGGUAACUGUAUACCAAAGCGCUGGCUAUGCGAUAGUAGAAAUGACUGUCUUGAUGGGGAGCCUGGUUCUGAUGAAGAGAACUGUCCUGACACGCCUGCAACCUGUGAUCCAAUAACACAGUACACAUGUGAUAACAAUCAAUGCAUUGCAAAACGAUGGCGUUGUGAUGAGGAUGAAGACUGUGAUGAUGGUUCUGAUGAAGUUGAUUGCGUUGAUACUGCUGUAACUUGCCGUGCGGAUCAAUUCAAAUGUGCAACUGGUAACAAAUGUAUCCCUCAACGAUGGCUUUGUGACGGGGACAGUGAUUGCACAGAUGACUCGGAUGAGGAGUCAUGUGAUG